AGCUUCGUUUUUUAAGACUAGUAGAGAUGAGCACAGCCCCUGCUGCAUCCGCGCCCCCUGGCGGCACGCCCUCCCUCUUCGGCCCGGCCGGACCAGACAUGUCGCAGCUCAUGACGUACCUCCCCACCAUCUUAAAGGUGGCGAGUCAGAUCCCUGGCAUCCUCGUUGGCUUUGUCGUCACCAUGGUCUACAUGCUAGGGGUGGUGGGCCGCAGCGGUUUUACGGAGACGGUGUCGCCUGUGGCGGGGUUCCACCUAUUCGUGUUUUUCCUCCUGCGGGACAUGAUCGAGCCGUGGCGGCACGGUCGGGCACGCGCCGAAGCCGCACAGCUGAAGGAGGCGAAGCGGCGCUCGUUCAACACAGACAUCGCCAUGCAGUACCGCGAAACGCUCGAUUAA